CUACUGGACACUGGCAGGUUUCAGUGUCGCAUGGUACCCAACUACCCAUCUAAGUACAUCCUGCGGCACACACAACAUAUGUAGCUUCUGUACUUAAGCUACCUGUCUCCCCAUUGCACAGCAUUCUCCCACAACCCUUACCACUGACAAAAUGUCCAACGGCCAGCAGCUCGUCACGUACACCACAACGUCUCUUUCGCAGAUCGAGUCAACGCACUCGCGGCUGUCGGAAACCUUCCUCAGCGGCAAAACGCGCCCCUUCGAAUUCCGCAAGCAGCAGCUCCGGAAACUCUACCAUGCCGUGGUGGCCAAUCGCGAUGCGGUGCUGGCCGCACUCAAGAAGGACCUGAACAAACCCACCGCCGAGGCGAUGAUGACGGAGACCACCUGGCUGGAGCAUGACAUCAUGGCCACCCUUGAGAAUUUCGACUCCCUCGUCGCGGAUGAGCCUUGCGAGGUGCCCAUGAUGUAUAAACUCAUGGGGCCGCCGAAGCUUCAGAAGAAUCCGUUGGGAACGGUGUUGAUCAUCGGACCGUUCAAUUACCCCAUUCAGUUGGUGAUGGUCCCGCUCGUCGGAGCGAUCGCGGCGGGCUGCACGUGCGUGCUCAAGCCGAGUGAGAUGACGCCACAUUCGUCCGCCAUGAUCGAAAAGAUCGUGAAGGAGGCCCUGGACCCCGACUGUUACGCGGUCGUCAACGGCGGCAUCGAGGAGACCACGAGGCUGCUCGACUGCAAGUGGGACAAGAUCCUGUACACUGGCAGCAGCGCCGUGGGCCGGAUCGUCUCCAAGGCGGCAGCCAAACACUUGACGCCUGUACUCCUGGAGCUAGGCGGUCUGAACCCGGUUGUCAUAACCUCGACCGCGGACGCAAAACUGGCGGGACCACGCGUCGCCUGGGGAAAACUCAUGAACUGCGGGCAGAUAUGUCUCGCCCCCGACUACGUCCUGAUCGACCCCAGCUGCGAAGCCGCCUUCGUCGAGAGCUACAUCAAGACCAUGCACAAGUUCUUUCCGAACGGCACGCAAGACCCAGACAACUUUGCGCGCAUCAUCAACGAGCGGCACUUCAACCGCAUUGUGGGCAUGCUCGAGAACAGCAAGGGGAAGAUCGUCUUCGGAGGACGGUCGGACGCAGAGGACAAGUGGAUUGAGCCAACCGUCAUCAGGGUCGAUAGCCUGGAUGAUUCCUUGCUGGGCGAGGAGAUCUUUGGGCCGCUGCUGCCGUACGUGGUGGUUCCGGGCGGGCUGCAGGAGAUGUUGGGUAUCGUAAGGAAAGUGGGAGACUGCCCGCUUGCGCUGUAUGCUUUUACGCGCGACAAGAAGGAGAAAGAGAUGAGUACGUUUUCGAGGGGAGCCGAUGUCAUCGAGUGCUGCUCUGUGUUGCUGACCCUUCUUCGUGUGUGUGUGUGUGUGUGUGUAGUUCUCUCAAAUACUCGCAGUGGUGGUGUAACGUUCAACGACACCAUAUUCCAUGCCGCCAUUCACAGCGUCCCGUUCGGAGGAGUUGGCGAGAGUGGUAGUGGAGCCUACAGAGGGCGGCACACGUUCGAUGCAUUCACGCACAAACGACCAGUCAUCACGCAGCCCAGCUGGACCGAGAACUUAAUGCAGUUCCGAUAUCCGCCCUUCAACCAGAAAAAAAUCAAGCAGUACGCCGCUUCGGUAAACAUUCCUUCGGCAAACUUUGACCGCAACGGGAAGUUGCUGUACGAUGGAUGGUUCUGGAAACUGGUUAUGCUCGGUGCCCCGAGAUGGAGGAAGGCUCUUUUGCGGUAUCUGCUGGCGUUGCUGUGUACGUGCCCUCCUCCCAUUCUCUGCCUCUCUGCCUCUCUGCCUCUCUGCCUCUCUGCCUCUCUGCCUCUCUGCCUCUCUGCCUCUCUGCCUCUCUGUCGUCUGGCUGCCCGGGCAUCAUCAUGUUCGGCGUUCGGCGUCCGUCCAGAGCCACGUCAUGUGUCGUGUCGGUCGAUGGCGAUGCAACCUCGAGACUUCGAGACCGCGCGCGUGUUCGUGUGUGCGUGCGUAGGAGGAGUCUGUCCAUUCCAGAACAACCGCUGACGAACCCGCGACAACAACAGUAGGUGCACUCGCUCUCAAGAAACGGCGCCGCAGUGGCCUUCCGCCGAUGAAUCGCCGCCUUCAACUCUAACUGCUCUAGCGAGUACUCUAGAGUACCUACCCAUUGCGUUGAUCACGUAACCGCCCUGCAAGGAGAAAAAAAAGUUGUA